AGUGUGUGUGUGUGUGUGUGUGUGUGUGUGUGUGUGUGUGUGUGUGUGUGUGUGUGUGUGUGUGUGUGUGUGUGUGUGUGUGUGUGUGUGUGUGUGUGUGUGUGUGUGUGUGUGUGUGUGUGUGUGUGUGUGUGUGUGUGUGUGUGUGUGUGUGUGUGUGUGUGUGUGUGUGUGUGUGUGUGUGUGUGUGUGUGUGUGUGUGUGUGUGUGUGUGUGUGUGUGUGUGUGUGUGUGUGUGUGUGUGUGUGUGUGUGUGUGUGUGUGUGUGUGUGUGUGUCUGUCUGUCUGUCUGUCUGUCUGUCUGUCUGUCUGUCUGUCUGUCUGUCUGUCUGUGCGCGUGCGUGCGUGCGUGUCAGAUGUCCGGCUUUCAGGAGGUGAAAGAUUUGAGAGAGCUGUCAGGACAAACAGCAACAUGUGGAUACGAAGAGGAGCUCCACCGACAAACACAAGAGCUGGAUGUGAGUUUAACACCGGAAAUCAAGCAGCACAGAGCAGACGUCCAGCAGCUGUCGGUGGGUGAAGAAGAUCCUCAUGAGCAGCAGGAGGGGAGCUCCAGUCUGGACCAGGAGGACUCUGAGACUGUGCACAUUAAAGAGGAACAGGAGGAACUGUGGAGCAGUCAGGAGGGACUGGACGAGGCUGAUAUCAAGUUCCCCUUCACUCCUGUCUCUGUGAAGAGUGAAGAUGAUGAAGAGAAACCUCAGUCCUCACAGCUUCAUCACAGACACACUGAAGAGAUGGAAACAGGAGCUGAUGGAGAGGACUGUGGAGGAGCAGAACCAGAGAGGGACUCAGAUCCAGAGAGAGGUUUCUAUCCAGAGACGUACAGAAAGAAAGGAGGUUCUAGAACUGAGACCAAAGACCCGAGAGGACGUCAGUCAGGUUUCAAAUCUGUGAGAAGAAAGAAACAGAAAGGACUGAAAGCUGAUAAGAAAUCAAAGAGCUGCUCUCAGGGUCGUAAAACAUUUCAAACUGAAGCACAUUUAACAAAACACAUGGACGUUCUCAAAGGGGGAGGAGUCUUAACCUGCUCAGAGUGUGGAAUCAGAUUCAGUCAUAAAAGCAGCCUGGCCCGACACAUGAUCAUUCACAGCGGAGAGAAACGAUUCAGCUGCUUCCAGUGUGGGAAAAGAUUUACCCUGGCAGGAUAUCUGACUAAACACAUGAGGAUCCACGCAGGAGAGAGACCGUUCAGCUGCUCCGAGUGCGGUAAAGGAUUUAAUGAUAAGACCAAUAUGAUCCGACACCUGAGGAUCCACACUGGAGAGAAACCCUUCAGCUGCUCACUGUGUGAACAAAGGUUCUCCUGGUGCUGUCAGUUACAGAGACACACUCGUGUUGGCUGUCCUGCUUCAGAGACUCAUGAGAACCAAACUGAGCUAAACAGAGAGGCAGAAACAGGAGCUGAUGGAGAGGACUGUGGAGGACCAGAACAAGUCAGGAACUCAGAUCCAGAGAGACAUGUACAUCCAGAGGUUGAGGUCCAGAUUGAAGAGUCCUCUGAGACUGAUGACAGUGAUGAUUGGAAGGAGAGCAGAGAACAUGAGUCAUUCUUUUUGUCUGUGGAGAAUAUUAAAGACAAGAGAAUGAAGUCGAAGAAGAAAUCCCAUAAAUGCCUCCGGUGUGGCAACAUUUUCAAAAACAUCCGGAAUCUGAACCAACACAUGAGAAUCCACACAGGAGAGAAACCGUUCAGCUGCUCUGAGUGCGGUAAAAGAUUUAACAACAAAGCCAAUUUGAGCCGACACAUGAGACUCCACACGGGAGAGAAACCCUUCAGCUGCUCUGAAUGUGAUAAAUCAUUUCAACAGAAGUCUCACCUGACCCUCCACAUGGCUCAUCACAGAGAGGAGAAACCCUUCAGCUGCACUGUGUGUGACAAGAGGUUCAUUUGGCCCUUUCAGAUGAAAAAACACAAGUGUGCUGGAGGUCAGUGUUGAAGCUCCGACAGUCAUCGAUGAAUCGUGUUCUCUGAAAAAUAACCGGCAAAGAGCCAUCGUCUCUCGCUGCUGUAAACACCCUGACCUAUCACUGUCACAAGAUCCAGAUGGAAAGAACCAAUCAAAUAGCUCCCGGUCCGCUCUCAAAGCUCUUCACCGCCGGCCGAUAGAAGACGAUAAAGAAGAAGCUGUUUUUGAUUUCCAUUUGAAGGAGUUUUGAUUCUAUUUAAUAAACAUCUGAUGAACGUG